UUUUGGUAUAUUUAUGAGGGUCAGACGGUAUAUUUUAUUGAUAAGUCCGCGGUCACACUCUUUCUUCCCCCUUUCCGGUUCCGAAAAACCUCAACGUCAAGAUGGCCGAUCAAGUCGAUGACACUCUUAAGAAGAAGCGUACCUUCAAGAAGUUCACCUACCGCGGUGUGGACUUGGACCAACUGUUGGACAUGCCCAACAACCAGCUGGUCGAGCUGAUGCACAGCCGUGCCCGCAGGCGUUUCUCCCGCGGCCUGAAGCGUAAGCCAAUGGCUCUGAUCAAGAAGCUGCGCAAGGCCAAGAAGGAGGCGCCCCCAAAUGAGAAGCCCGAGAUUGUCAAGACCCACUUGAGGAACAUGAUCAUUGUACCCGAGAUGACCGGCUCCAUCAUUGGCGUGUACAACGGCAAGGACUUCGGCCAGGUUGAGGUUAAGCCUGAGAUGAUCGGCCACUAUUUGGGCGAAUUCGCGCUGACCUACAAGCCCGUCAAGCACGGUAGACCCGGUAUUGGUGCCACCCACAGCUCCCGUUUUAUUCCUCUGAAGUAAGCGUUGCCCGUGUUGGGUUGGCUGCUUUCUUUUGGAUUUUCAUGCGAAAUAAAGGAAACGUAGUUUCAUAA